GCCUUUAGUGUUCUUAAACUGAACUUUUACGCUAUGCACGAUUUCCCUUGUAUCAAUUUACCACGACCGCAACCCCAUAUCAAUAUUUGCCCUCGCUGUCAACAAGCCCAAUCUCAUUGACCGUUUGACGCUAUUAACAUGUACUAUAGCAGUAUGUCGGACAAUAAACAAGCCACCACAUUUGUCAGUCAUCUUCAAUCAGAGGCAGCGCCGCAGCAAGAUGGGGCGGUAGAUUUCGAUCCAUGGUGUCGAGUGUGGCCAGCGGAAUCGUGUAGACGCGCCACGUCUUGAUGUCAAACAGGUACAGGACAUGGCGAAAUUGCACCGAGAGGAGACCCGUGAGGACGGCGGACGCCUUGUCCAGGUACUGCGUGCCGUCAAGCUCCCACUUGGCCGCAACAAACUGGUGCUUGGCACACGUGUACAGGAACACGGACGACGUCUUGGACGUGGUUGUCAUGUGGGGAAACCACCACCGCACAAAUGCAAAGCUCCCGGCGCAGUACCCAAAUACGAGUCCAAUCAACGUCGUAAACCGGCGGACGCUGCCGAUUUCAAUCGUCCCACCUCGACACACCACCUCAAAGUCCACUUGGUCAACUCUGCACACCCUGUCCACAACCACCGAGUAGGCCACCGGAGCUGCAAACUCCCACACAGCCGACGCCGCCCACACCACCACAAAGCUCGCCCACGAGUACUUUUGCGUGUACUGGUGCGUAAACACCGAGCACACGUCGUUGAUGAUGUACGUCAUCCAGUUGAGCUCGCCCGCGGUGAGAAUGACCAUAUACCAGGGCUUGGAAUCACACUUCAAGAACGACACAAGACCGUCCAGAGGACGUGAGAGUGUCAGAGAGGACGUCGAGAGCAGACAAAUAGCACAAAAC